AUGUAUUGUGAUAAAGUUAUUGAAUUAUUAAAGGAGUUGGAACGUUCUCGUGAAGACACUAUACCACCAUACAAUAAUGAUGGAAUCAAUCAAGUGCUUUCUGAGAUGAAAACUUUAGAUGCAGAAAUUAUAGAUUUCUUGCGCACACAAAAAGAUAAUUUGCCAUUGGAUGCUAUUCGUUUACGCCGUGCAGCUAUAGAAAGAAAUAAAAGAUGUUUGUUGACAUACAUUUGGACUAGAAUACAGCGAUUAAAAGAAAUGAGAUGGGAGAUUGGAGCUAUUUUACCAUCAGAUGUAAGACAAAAUCUUUCACAAUCAGAGAUAGAAUGGUUUAAUAACUAUUGUAAAACUUUAGUCUCAUAUAUGAAGACUAUAGGACCAGAUACUGGACUUAACUUAACUCAGGACACUAAACCUCCUAAAUCACUUUAUACUGAAGUAAGAAGUUUAGUGGAUGCUGGUAAAUUAGAAUUAGAAAGUGGAGAAGUUUUGAUUUUACGAAAAAAUAGUCAGUAUAUGUUAUCAAGAUCACAAGCUGAGCCACUUAUUCGUCAGGGUGUAUUGGAACAAGUCAGACAUUAA